UUUUCAUCUCCCACACACGUAAGAGCUAGUCAAAGCCCCCACACACUCACCUCCUACACACACACACACACCCUUAGCGCGUCACAAAACCAAACCCAACACUCAACUUCACCAUUCUAAAUCUCACCGCACAAGUCUCUAUCAAACACACAGUUUCAACCCCUGCUCUUUCCCCAACACCUACAAAAGACACCCCAAACACUUUCACUUUACACUUUCUAUUCUCUAAUCCCAUCUUUCUUCCACUACAAAACAAAAAACACACCUAUACAAAUGGCUCACCGUUCUUCCCGGCGGCGAAACACUGCACCGCCGGAGUCAACUCCGGCUGUUCCGGCUAAGCAACCUAGACCCACCAUCUUCUCACCUUCUCAUUACACAAAGGCGAACUCAGAUUUGAUUCAAGCUACUAAAUCUUCUUUUCUUGUUAAACCCUUUCAAAGCCUUAACUUAGGUAGCAAAAAAACCAAACAUUCUCAAACCAAACGUGUUGUUGACUCACGUUUGCAGACAAAAUCCAUGACAACCUCAGCUAUAUUCGAAUCCUCAAAACCCAACAAAACCCAGAAAACACAAAACAUAGUACUAACACCAAAGCUUGAAAAAGAGAGUAUUUUUUUGACUUCAAAGAAGACCCAUAAAGAGAAACCUCAAAAACCGGGUUCUGAAUUGGACAAAUGGAAACUUCAGGGGUUGUUGAAGAAUGAGAAGAAGGAAGCUUGUAAAGGGUGUGUUGUUGAAGGUGUUAAAGAUGUAAAAGAUGAAAAGUCAAGGAAAGUGGCUGUUGUGAAAGAAGGUGAUGUUGUUAAGGAGAGAGUUUCUGUUUCUAUGAGUCAAAGUGGUGGUGUUGGUGGUGGUGGGAGAAGAAAAUCUUUAUGUGGGUCAAUGGUUGAUUUAGGUGAUUUCUUUGCAAUCAAUGGAGCGAAAAUGAUGUCAGCUGAUAUGCCACCGUUUAUGCAGAUCCAUGCUGUUGAUUGUGCUAGAAAAGCUGUUGAUAGUAUGGAGAAAUUCACUUCCAAAACCCUUGCAUCUUCUCUCAAGAAGGAAUUUGAUGGGGUGUAUGGGCCAGCAUGGCACUGUAUUGUGGGGACUAGUUUUGGUUCAUUUGUGACCCAUUCUGUUGGAGGGUUUCUAUAUUUCUCAAUGGAUCAAAAGUUGUACAUCCUUUUAUUUAAGACUGCUGUACAAAAAGCAGAUUGAAGGGAAGAGUUGAGUUUGGCAGCAAUCAGAAGAAGAAAGAAUUUUGGUAUAGAUUUGUUAUAUAGAAAGUUAAAAAAAAGGCUUAGAGUGGUAACAACACCUUUGUAUAUUGCUUAUGUUUCUUUAAUGAAUCACCCCUUUAUGUUUCUUAUUCUGAUUUUACAUGGAAUCUAAGUGCAUGUUUAGUAUCAGUUGUUGAAGGGAAUUCAAACAUGCACUAAAUGGGUGUGAAGAUGUUGUAACUAAUUGGUCACAGGUUGAAGAAAUCAACUUUACAGCCAUAAGUUGUCACAAUUGUUGAUGCUAUAUGACCAACAUGUCUCUAUGCUUUUGAAUGAAA